AUGAAUAUGUGAUAUUUAUCUUUUGCAUUCUCCCUGCCAGUGAGUCUGUCCUGUGACUCACCCGCAGGGAGUGUGCUGCUGUGCGUGUCAACAGAAAGGCACAGGAAUACAUUUUGCUGUCCAGCAGGGAGCCAUUUUUAAGUUGUGUGUUCGAGAUCAUCCAAGUGUCGAAACUGACCCAAGAGAUGCUGGAUGAGAAAUGCACAAUGUCAUGGCAAUACUUACAUUUUUCUUCAGGGUCACAUGCUUCAAGCAACCAGGGUCCCUUAUCCAGGAUCCAGGAUUUCUGCAGCAUUGGUAAAGAGUCACCCAACUACCUUGACCAUGUAUCAGAACAAGUGGACAAAUACAGGGGGCAGACUGUGUCUCUGGAGAAGCCAGCAGGGUAUCCAAUGAGAAUUGGGGGGCUAGAUGACACAAUCUAUGCAGAAAUGGAGGAUGAGCUUGAAGCAUGGGAAGAUUUCUACCUUCCUGAAAGAGUAGAGAUGAGAGUUGUCGGUGCCAUUGAUAUGUUCCCGAGUCUGGCGGUGGGGCUGCAGCUGAUCAUUCUGGCAGGCAAAGAUGGCAACAUCUAUGCUUAUGAAAAUGAGGUGUUGCACCAAGUGGCUGACAGCUUGCAGGACCUCUUGCAAAAGGGAAUUGAGUUUCCUGGAACCAAAGUCUACAACUAUGGGGAAUGUUUUGCUCCUAUGACAGAAGAAGAAUAUGAUGAAUUAAUGGAGGAUGAAGAAGUAAAGAAAAUGAAAGAGGAGACCAGGGAAUUCAUCAAAAGCAACGAAGUGGAAUUUCUGAGCAUACUGGCCCGCAUUGAAGAAAAAGAGAAUGCAGAAAAGGUUGCGUCCAAUGAAGUUGUGCCUUGUAAAGAGAAUGCAGAAAAGGUUGUGUCCAAUGAAGUUGUGUCUUGUAAAGAGAAUGCAGAAAAGGUUGUGUCCAAUGAAGUUGUGCCUUGUAAAGAGAAUGCAGAAAAGGUUGUGUCCAAUGAAGUUGUGCCUUGUAAAGAGAAUGCAGAAAAGGUUGUGUCCAAUGAAGUUGUGCCUUGUAAAGAGAAUGCAGAAAAGGUUGUGUCCAAUGAAGUUGUGCCUUCUAACCACCACCGCCCCAAGCAUGUUGUAGUUCAGAUGUGGAAGCAUGCAGAUGAAUUGGUCAUAUUUCAUUUAAAUGAUGCCGAUUAUGAGAUAUUGUGCAAGCUCUUCCAGCUACUAAGGCUGACACGUAAAGAGCGGAAAAGUAACGGGAAUUGUAGAAGAUUCCUGCUCCAUUUCAGAGCUCUUCCAUGUGUGCAUAAACUCUGUUCUUGAUUACAUCCUGAUUUUUACCCAUAAAGUCCAUGUCUAUAGGAGGCUGUGUGGUCCAGUGGUUAAAGAAAAGGGCUUGUAACCAGGAGGUCCCCGGUUCAAAUCCCACCUCAGCCACUGACUCAUUGUGUGACCCUGAGCAAGUCACUUCACCUCCUUGUGCUCUGUCUUUCGGGUGAGACGUAGUUGUAAGUGACUCUGCAGCUGAUGCAUAGUUCACACACCCUAGUCUCUGUAAGUCGCCUUGGAUAAAGGCGUCUGCUAAAUAAACAAACAAUAAUAAUAAUGUCUUUGGGCCUGAAAAGAGAAUUGUCACACAACUGCAAUGGCACUGUAACAGGGCGAGCAGCCCUGUACAUUGUUUAUUUAUUUUUAGAUCGGGGUCUCCCCCUCCGCCCCUGUGCAGAUUAUUGUUUUUGUUUAUUAUGAUUUAUUGUAUUUGUCGGCGAGCGCCGUGUUAUUGUUUUGUUUAUUUUUUAAACGUGUCCUGGCAGAGGCGAGAUCGGUGCUCGUCCUCUGCCAGGAGUAAUAAUUAAUAAACCCGUGCAGAUUGUGGCCGAGGGGUAAUAGGAUGAUUUACGAAUUAGUUAAACCCCUCGGCCAUGAUAUAAAAAGCCUGCAGCUCUCGGCACUCAGGGUGGGUUGUUAAAGAGGAGAGAGCGAGGAGAGAGCGACAGAGAGCGACGGAGAGCGAGAGAAAGAGAAAAUUUACUUAAAAACGAAACUAACCAAGGAUAGGGUCAGUGAAGGCGAUUGCCCAGCCUGACCGGUUGUAGUGUUCGUGAUUUGUUUUUGUUAACCCUUUUAUUUUGCUCUGUGAGCGCAAGUGUUCUUUUGUUUAAAUAUUUAUUUAUUUUUGUUAUUAAUAAAAACGGCAGCCAGCCGAUUCUUUCUUUUGAACUGCA